UCUCUGAACUUAUGGAUAUGGCUCAUGCCUAAAUUUUAAAAUUUGCCAACCUCACAUGCAUUUUAACCAUGGAAAAUCAUCAGGAGCUUUCAAAAUCAGACAGACAUUGCGCGGUUUUCAACUUUCGUCCAACAACAACGCCCCACACAACAGUGUCAUCCAGCAAGUAUGAGCUCUUGGGGCUCGUAGCACCAUGGAUAGAAGAGCUCUCUGACUCUGAUAAAAGUUCUGGCGAUAGCGAAGAAAAAGAGUUUGGACAAUUUAUCUUCACAACUCUGAGAGAAACUGUUUUCUCAGACCCAUCCAACAGCGACUCAACCGAACAUGUUGAAUGGCUUGAUCAAGGAGAUGAUAAAUGUGAAAUGGCGGAGCUCUGGAGGGAAAACUUUAUGUUUGAUAAUUCUUCACAGAUACGUGCAGACAGGAGAUUAGGAGAUCUGAGCAGCAGUUACCCACGCCUACAGACUUCUUUCUACCGUGAGCUUCGGAAAAAGUACCCCAUUGCCUUUCAGAGGUUUCCAGAGGAGGACACGCUUAGCAACGGUGAACGCCAUCAGAGAAUGGUGUAAGGGAUGGUCAUCAGCGUGACACAACAACGGCGGGGACUCCAGCCUCAGAAGAUGGUGACCUAAGGAAACGUAACACCCCGAAUGAAACGGGUGGGAAACAUGCGGCGAUGUCGGUAAAAGAAAAAUUGCAUAUGAAUUCCAGGUCUAUCCAUAGCCUUCUUCACCAAGACAUGCCUUUUGAAAACUUGAAAACCGGAGACUCACGCUUAUCUAAAUCUGACAAAAAACAGAGACGACCAUUGAUAGGAGGCGAUGAAUUCUGCAAUGGUGGCUUGAAAGAUUCAUCCAGUGCGAUGGAUUUACGGGAGAGAAUUGCACAAAACAAUGCCCAGCUUAAGGUGUAUCGCUCUAAACUCGAACAUUCGAUAAAACUGAGUGAAAAACCUGAUAGAUUCACCAUCAAGGCAGAUGUGCAUGAUGUGGAUAAAUAUGUAGAGAGGAAAGCAAUGACAACAACUCCGGCACACAAGAGUUCCCCAAUCAGGGGAGGUAACUCUGAUGUGGUCAGCCUUGAGUCCCCUCCAGACAGUGCUAUAGACAUGGACAGUGCCUCUCUGCAGUCUAUCAUGUCAGGACUGACUGAUCACGGCCACACCAAUCAUUUCCUUUUGCCGGCAGUGGAUAAUCUUGAUCCCAUCAUUGACGCCCAAUGGGAGAGUGACUUCGGACACACGGAAGGGGAGUCCGACAGUUGCCACAAAAGCCAAGACGUAAUCCUGGAGAUGCAACCGUUGACAAUGGAACUUC